GCUGGCUUGGACAACUCCUACUGUUUGCACAGAUGAGUUUGUCUGGAACGAAACCAGAGGAGAAACGGCGUCCAUCAAUAGAUGAAUCCAUUUACCUGACUCCUGAUUUUUCAAAGACAAACAAGCCCUUAAGCAUCCCUGCAGGUCACCCUACGGCUCUGGGUUCCUCAUAUCUUGGUUCUCUGGACAAGGCAGUUAGAACGUAUCAGAACCCUAUGGCAUUAAAGGUUCUUCUUGGCAUAACUGCCUUGUGCUUGGGUUUAACCCUGGCUGGUCUUGGUACUUUGGGACAUUACUACUUGGAGAAACAGAGCCAGUUUGACCUGCUGAAGGCACAGCAUGCAAACAUCUCAAAGCAACUUGACGUCAUAAAAAGUCGGGGUUGCACUCCAUGUGCAGAUGGCUGGAGGAGCCACAGUGACAAGUGUUAUUUCUUCUCCUUUGACCUGAUGAACUGGACACAGAGCCGAGAUGAGUGUGUCUCACAUGGCGGCCAUCUUGUGAUCAUUAACGAUCAAGAAGAGCAGAUCUUCCUCUCCUCUGAAACCAAGGAGCCCCAUUGGAUCGGCCUGAAUGACCUGGAAAAUGAGGGACAGUGGAUGUGGAUGGACAACACCCAGCUCACCAGAGCAUCUCCACAGUACUGGUAUGAAAGGUCUUAUGGAAAAGAUGAACCAGAUAAUUGGAUUAUGGAGGAUUUGCUUGGACAGGACUGUGCUUGUCUCGGAGACGGAGAUAUCCCAACUAAUGUUUGGUUUGAUGAAAACUGCAAGAAACUGAAAAGAUACGUGUGUGAAACUAUUGCUGUCUCACAAGAUAGAUAUAAUGUUUGCUAAUGAUGUAUUUAAAGGUGCCAUGUGUAAUGUCCACCAAAAAAUCAAUUCAUACUCCACAUUCCAUAAAAGAUGGGGGCAGUAU